GGUUCUUCAUCGCAAUGGAGAAGCGAUCGGGGCAGGGCGGGGCGGCAUUCCAGGAAGAUGAGGAGAUGGAGGAAGAGGACAAGGCACCAGACAUGGAGGCCUGGGAGCGUGCGUACGCGGACGAUCGGUCGUGGGAGUCGCUGAUCGAGGAUGAGUCGGGGCUGCUCAAGGCCGGGGACGAUGUCCAGCAGCAAAGGCAGCACCGGCGGAGGCUGAUUCAAGCGUCGGGGCCUCGGAUCCAGCGCGGCAUCAUCAGAUAUCUCUGCCUCAUCCUCGAUUUCUCCCGGGCAGCGGGAGAGAUCGACUUCCGGCCCUCGCGAAUGGCAGUCGUCGCGAAAGCCGUCGAAGACUUCGUGCGGGAAUACUUCGACCAAAAUCCUCUCAGCCAGCUUGGGAUCAUAGUGAUGAAGAACGGCAUCGCCAGCGUGGUCACGGAACUAAGUGGCAGUCCUGAGGCACACAUCCGCGCCUUGAAGUCCAACCUUGAGUCCUUUGGAGAAGCAUCGCUACAAAACGGGCUCGAGCUGGCGCACACAUACGUCCAGCACAUCCCGUCUUACGGACACAGGGAGGUGGUGAUCGUUUUCUCGGCGCUGAGCACUUGCGACCCCGGCAACAUCCUCGAGACUGUCAAGAAAUGCAAGGCCGCCAGGAUGAAAUGCUCCGUCGUUGGCCUCACGGCAGAGAUCUACAUCUGCAAGCACAUAAGUCAGGAAACCGGAGGAUCAUACGCAGUUGCUAUGAACGAGGGACAUCUCAAAGAAAUACUUCUGGAGCACGUCCCUCCUCCAGCGGCAAUGCCAGACGCCUCGUCUGCGAGCCUGGUGCGCAUGGGAUUCCCUCAGCGGGGCUCCGAAGGAGCAGUAGCGAUCUGUGCGUGCCACAAGGAGCUGAAGAUCGGGGGUGGCUACAUCUGUCCUCGCUGCCGGGCUCGGGUGUGCGAGCUCCCGACCGAGUGUAGCCUGUGUGGCCUGGCGCUGGUUUCCUCGGCUCACUUGGCACGCUCGUACCACCAUCUCUUUCCCAUUCCCACUUUCGACGAGCUCCUGGUGGACGCAUCGCUCAGAGGCAAGUCGAGCUUUGCGGGGUCUUGCUUUGGAUGUAGAAUCCAGCUCUCUGGGAGUGGAAGCUUGAGACUGCGGUGCCCUCGCUGCAAGAGGGAUUUUUGCUUCGACUGCGAUGUUUACAUUCACGAAUCGCUACACAAUUGCCCGGGGUGCGAGACGCUGCAAGAAGAGGCCGUCACGUAGCCAGUGGAGAGCAAAAGGAGGUGAGCUUCGUCACCUUUUGCAAAAUUUUGUAGGUGUAAAGGACUCUUGGGGGAAAUGGUCGCCAUCUUUCUUUAUAUAUUACAUUGUCAAUUCUUGUCUUUGAUCAAUCUAGCAAACCUAUGAUCAUGGCUUUCACAAUCUAAUAUAUCAAAACCCUUGUUCUCGCUUCCUUUU